AUGGCGGAGGAGGGACGAGGUUUGAUCCUGGAAGAAAAUAAAGAACCAAAAUCAUGUUGCAGCUGCUGCUGUGUCCUUCGCUGGACCCUCUGUGGUGCAGUAUUGUUGGCUGGGGCUGCAGCCGCACUGAUCCUCUGUGUCCCCGAUGAGAAGCCAAAGCACAUUGGCAAGACCAACGAAGAGUUCGAUGAGUUGGCUCAGGUGGUGCUUCAAUUGGUCCAAGAUCAUAAGCUCAGAGAGGAGGCCAAACAGGUGGAGGGAGAUGCCGAGUGGGGCAAGGACUUGAAGGCGGACAGUGAGAAGAUUAUGGACCUGCUACGUGCCAUGGAGGGUCAGCUUUCACCACAGGUGGCUGCCAAGAUUGGCAUCGAAAUCACCUCGGAUGACAUCGCCCGCAUCCUGGGGGUCUCGGGGACGCAUGGCCACCAGUUCAACCUGGAGGAUUCCAAGAAAGGCGCUUUUCAGGGUGACAUGGUGCCAGAGGACGAGAAUCAGCUGAAGCAGUUCGUGAGCCAAGCAGAAUCGGCUCAGAAGGUCACACGGAAGGUCCACGGCAGCUUCGGAGCUGGAAAGCCCUGGGCCAAGGGCAUCGUGAAGUUCUGCUACCACGAGAAUGUCCCAGAUGGUGUAAAGGAUGCAGUUCGUUUGGCCAUUCAGCAGUACAAGAAGUCUGUGCCUUGUAUCCAAUUCAACGAGGUUGGACGCCUGUCGAACGAUGAGUGUGAGGAAUCUCCAGCUGUCUUCAUCACUUCGGAAAACACGGGCUGUUGGUCCUACGUGGGAGAGCUGACACAUCGCAAGGCCCAGGGGCUGAACCUCCAAUCUCCUGGCUGCGAUUCGGUGGGCACCGUGCUGCACGAGUUGGGACAUGCCCUUGGGAUGGCACAUGAACAAGCGCGACCCGACCGGGACAAGUAUGUGGAGAUCCAUGAGAGUCGAAUCCAAAGUGGCAAGGAACAUAACUUCGACAUCUCCAGCAAAGGUGACACGGAACGUCCCUACGAUCUCUUGUCCAUCAUGCACUACGAUGCCGAUAGCUUUUCCACCAGCAAGAAACCCACCAUCACGGCCAAGGAUAAGGCCUAUGCGUUGUACACCGAUGAUCCAGAUGAUUAUGACAUGUACCGAAUGGGAAAUCGGGUGGGCCUGACCCAACUGGAUGCUGAUCAGUUGGCAGACUUGUACAGAGAUGUGAACGGCCUUUGUGUGAGCCACUUGCUGGGUGAUGGCGGUGGGGAGGGAGCUUCCUGCACGGACUUGAUGCAGAAUGGGGAAGAAUGGAAGGACCGAUACGACCAGAAGUGUCACCACUACGUGAAGAUGGAGGAGCGAGGCCACAUCGACGACUGUUCCAAAUAUUCCGCGGGUGUCUACUGCUGCGACUGCGGGGGCGGCCUGCGACUGCAGAAAUGGUCCUGGGAAUGCGACCUUUGUCGCCCUGUCUCGGUCGGAGGCUGCAGCUGCAAACUGGGCUCCUGGAGCCUCUUUGGAGAGACCAGUGCAACCACCUGUGGCAAUCCGGGCUAUACCAAUCAUUUCCCCAUGUGUCGGGUGGAAGAACAUUGCAAAGAGAAGUUCAGCUUGGACGGCUUGACCCUGGCCCAAUGUGCCUCGUACACGGGCUUCACCACCAAGGGUUGCCGCUGCAGACGGCACCAGGACGGUUGGAUGUUUAAGGGCGCCCAUGGCAAUGUUCACGUGCCAACCACUUGUGGCAAUCCGAACCAUCACAAGCAGGGACCUUGGUGCUAUGUGGAAGAGGAUGAACAUGAGUGUCAAGGAGCAGACUGGGGAACUUGUGAAGUGGCCAAAGUGCCAUUGGUCUCAAGCGACCAGAUCGAUGAUCUUAUGGAUCUAGCAUAUGCCUUCACAUCGGAUUGGCGCACCUGCCAGGUGACUCUGGGUUUGCUGGGUCUCUUCUGGUGCUUUGCCGCUUUGUGGGUCGAAAUCCGGUUGGAACAAGUUUAUCCGGGAUUCAACUAUGCGAAACCGCAAGAUCCAGAGAUGAAGGCUUACAAGCCCUUCUGCGACUUUGCUCCCUGGGCCAAGUGCAGCAAGGUUUUGAUGUCUCCUCCAGGACGAUUCUUGCGCUACUUUGGCAUUGCCAAGGAGACAGCGUCAGAUGGCAUCGUUGACAAGGUUCGAAAUCUCAUUGAUGUGCCCAAUCCAAGCCUGGGCGUCAUCUUUUUCGCUGUGCACCUGUUUUACCCUCUUCUGCUUUUGCUGUCACCCAUCCCUGUGUUGGGUCCCUUACUGCCAGAGCUGUUCUUCUUGGCAUGUUGUGGCGUGGGACUAAUGACAGUGUGGCUAGCGUCGAAUCUGAUUUUUGUCUUGAAGGAUUUCUGUGUGGUUUGCGUCUCGAUGUACGUGGCAAACUUUGGGCUCAUUCCCAUGAUGCAUGCGCUGGCGUUGAAAGGCAUGGAAGUGAAGGAGGAGCCAUUCUUUGGAGUUGUGCCCAGAUGGUUUCUCUACUCCUUCGGUGCACUGGAUGCCGUCAUGGGGGUGGCUGUGCUUGUGCUCUACUUCAAGGGAGCUUGCGGCUGCGAGGGAGCCGCCGAGAGAGUACAGCUCCCUUCCUGCCUAGAGCAUUCUGUCGUAGAUGCAGAAAAGAUUGCAGAUCAGGUACUCAUUGAGAUCCGUUGCAUGUUCUUCUCUCGUCCCAUGAGUUUGGAUGGAGCCGUCUGCCUUUUGUCUGCCACCGCUGAACGGAAGCAAAUCUUCCCGGACGCCCAUGGAGGGGCCGUGGUGAGAUCUGUCCAUUGGACAAGCCCCACAACUCUGGCGACUGCGGGGGCUGCCACCAUUCGACUCUGGGACACCACACGGGCUCUCUGCACCGGUCAGCUGGACAGCAACAGCGACGUCCUCAGCGUGACCGGCGGCGACGCUGCGCUGGCGAGUGGCGCGGCGGAUGGGACAGUGACGUUGUGGAGGAAUGCGGAGGAGGAAGGAACUUGUUUGGGACACGAAGCUGCGGUCCAUGCGGUGGCCUUUUGCCACAACGGAACGCUGUUGGUCAGUGCCUCGUCAGAUCAAACGGCCCGCAUCUGGGCGUUGGACCGACGCUGCCUGGCCAUUCUGCGACAUCGAGACGAGGUACGUGCGGCGUGCUUUGGAACCAGGCGGACAGCAUCUCUAGUGGUCACUGGAUCCAUGGAUGGCACAGCGAUGAUCUGGCAGCUGGAUGGUGCUGGCGAUGCGACGGAAUUGGCUCCAAUCCAUGUCUGUCGCUCGCACCACGGGGGGAUCACGGACCUGGCCAUCGGAGAGAACGGUCAGACGCUGUGCACCGCGUCUGUGGACAAGUCCCUGCGGUUGUGGACCCUCCACGAUGGUCGUUUCGCCCGUUCCCUGCCGGGGGGUGGCGCCCUGGCGGCGGUGGCCAUCUCAAGCGCCGGGGCGGCGAAGAUGGCCACGGCCACACGGAAGGGGUUGGUGAAGAUCUUCGGAAUCGUUCCCAGAGGCCACCAGGGUUGGGGUGCUGGCACGAAAUUUUUGAAGUGCUGA